AUGGAAAUCCCCAAGUACCAAACCGCCGCGUGCAUCGACCAUCCACGCCCCGGCGCACAGCUGGAAAUACGCCAUGAUGUCCCUGUCCCGGAGCCGGGAUCUGGUGAGGUGUUAAUCAAGAUGGAAUGGACUGGGUUUUGCCACUCUGAUCUACAUAAUCUCACCGGCGAGUUACUCAUGACUACAAAUGUUCCGGGACAUGAAGGAAUUGGGAGAGUGGUUAAAGUUGGUCCCGAUACCGCACCGGAGAUGGCGGGGAAGCAAGUUGGAGUAAAAUGGCUGUACAGUACCUGCAGGAAGUGCCCGACAUGCCAGGUACAGUAUACGAAUUGUGCCAAACAAAGUAAUUCGGGAAGAAAUGUCCCUGGAACCUUUCAACAAUAUGUUGUUUCGCCUGCGGACUUUGUGUCUAUUAUCCGGGAAGAUCUGAAGCCGGAGGCUGCUGCGCCUUUACUAUGCGCUGGACUGACGAUGUACGGCGCCUUGAAUAAGCUGGAAAAGCUAUGCAAAGCAGGCGAUUGGGUGGUUAUCAUGGGUGCUGGUGGUGGACUAGGACAUUUGGGAGUGCAAAUUGGUAAGGAGCUGGGCUACCGGAUCAUCGCAGUUGACAGCGAAUCGAAAAGAGAGAUCUGCAUGCGCUCCGGCGCGACUGCCUUCAUUGACUUUAAAGACAACGCGGAAUCCCGCAUCACCUCCCUAACCGACAAUACAGGCGCCCAUGCCGUCAUUGUGGUCGUCGGUCUCGAAAAGGCCUAUGAGCAAAGCGUCCAAUUCCUACGGCCCGCCGGGACCCUCGUCUGCGUUGGUCUGCCGCGCCCGGAUUACCACAUUCCUCUGUCGCCGCUUGACUGUGUCAACCGCGGAUACCACAUUGUGGGUAGCGCAGUGGGAACAGAAGACGAGAUGCAGGCACUCUUGAAGAUGGCGGCGGAGGGUAAAGUGAGCACGGAGUAUGAAAUUUUUGAGUUCAGACAGAUAAAUGAGGUUGCUGCGAAAUUGCAGCGGUUUGAGGUUGAGGGGAGGGCGGUACUGCGAAUUCCGUAG